GGAACAUUGGAUGCCCACCGGCAACGUUUCAACAGCUCCAAUAAUUACGGGGAAGAUGUUUCAGAAUUAUCGUAUAAGAGGGUACGCCUCAGUCUCAGCAGUCCCACCGACAUGUUGGGUGCAACUCACUAUACGCUACUGGCAACAUCUCUUCUCUCGUUAACUUCUGGUUCAGUUGGGUCUGACUGCAAAUGUCCCUACGGAGAUGCUUGUUGGCCGUCUGACUCGGAAUUCGAGCACCUCUCAUCUCAAAUCUCACAACCCAUUAUUCGCCCGACACCUCCCCAAGCAGUCUGCUACCCUGCCUCGAAUCCCUCAGGAAACUGUACCGACGUUCAAACGAACAUUUUCAACGGGAAUUGGGUCUCAGACCGAGCUGGAGCUUACCAGAACAUCAAUUUUCAGGCGUACAUCUCCCCCAAUGGAACUGUUAGCUCGUGUUACUUGAACGCUACCCUUGGCUUUCCCUGUGAACAAGGAAACAUACCACCGAUUGGCGUUGAUGCACGUUCGGCGGCAGAUAUUCAAGCAGCCGUCCGUUUUGCGGCUAAACAUAAUUUGCGGCUAGUGGUGAAGAAUACAGGUCAUGAUUACCUGGGCCGAAGCGCGGGAAAAAAUGCGUUCAUGAUUUGGACUCAUCAUCUCAAGAAUAUCACCUACAACGAGACUUUCAUCCCGGAAGGUGCACCGACAACUGAAAAUUACCGGGCGCUCACCAUCGGAGCUGGAGUGCAAUGGCGUGAAGCGUAUGCAGCCGCUGAGCAGAAUGGUCGAUAUGUUGUAGGUGGUAUAUCCGGCGAUGGUUCUGUCGGUGCUGCGGGUGGUUGGAUCGGAGGUGGUGGUCACAGUGCCUUUUCUGCAAAAUUCGGACUCGGUGCCGACAACGCCAUCCAGUUCACCGUAGUCACCGCCAACGGUGACCAUGUUAUAGCCAAUGCCUACAACAACUCUCACUUAUUUUGGGCUCUACGUGGAGGAGGAGCAGGCACCUAUGGUGUCGUUACCUCCGUCACUUACAAAACUCACGAUAUCGUUCCUGUCACCCUUGCCUUUGUUACCGCCAACUUCACAUCACCCGACAUCGCCAAGUCGGUUGGAACUGAAUUCUUCAAGAUCCAACCGAAAUUAGCUGACGCUCAUUGGGGUGGAUACAGUUUUAUCAACCAAAACUCUUUUCUCUAUGGGAUGAUUGCACCCAACGUCUCACUCGCUGAUGCCAACAUAACCGCGGGUCCAUUCUUGGAGUUCGUGAAGAAGACGGCCGGUGAAAACAAUACAAUGACAGGAAUGAUACCAGCGCCUUCGUUUUAUGCUCUCAUAAACGCCACGUCUUCGUUACCUACGACGUCGGGCUCGCAAGUGGGAGGGAAUGUGGAAAUUGCGUCGAGAUUGUACACGAGGAAGUUAUACGAAAAUCAAUCCGAGAAGAUGGCUGAGACACUUCUAAGCUUUCCUGAAGGUGUUGCGAUCAAUCAUGUCGCAGGCGGUGUCGUCUCCCAAACUGAUCCAGAUUCCGCUGGUUUAAACCCUGGAUGGCGCGAUGCCCUCGCUGAGGUCUAUACGACCGUCAAUUGGGAAGAUGGUGCCACUGCUGCUCAGAUACAAGCGCAGAGGGACGUACUUAAAGGUCAAAUCGCCACGAUGGAGGCUUUGGAACCUGGUGCACCCUCAUACGUGAAUGAGGGAUCAUUGUACGAACCUAAUUUCAAGCAUACCUAUUUCGGGAGCCACUAUGAUAGGUUGUUGGCUAUCAAAGAUAAAUACGAUCCCCGGGGGCUCUUCGUGGUGGCUUCGGGUGUUGGGUCGGAUAGAUGGGACGCUGAGUUAGUGUGUCCUACAUGA